UGACUCAGGGACACACUAUACACCCCCGGCUUCUCUGGAAAUGGCAAGGGGUGGCAUGUUACAUACCCUGGGCGCACAUACCAGUGGGAAGGGGGAGUGUUGUAGCAGAGCUGGUGGGGGGCGGGGGGGGGGACUUGAUUCCCCAGUGUGGCCACGGAGAGAGGGAUUCUGGGGUGUGUGAAGGGCCUGGGGGUACGCGGGCCAGAGCUGCCUGGCCUCUACUCCUGCCUCUACCCCAACCCCAGCUGAGCCCUGCAGUCUGGCCUCAGGCCAGAAGCAGGCUCAGCAGGUCCCAAGGGGUGUGGUGGCAGCCGGUGGCGGAGCCAGCCUACAUCAGCCAGGCAGUCAGCGAGGCAACACAGCCCAUCGGGAAUGGCUCAGCUUGCGGCAGCCAGGGCCUGAAGCAACGGCGCGGCCAUGAGCUCUCUGCUGUACUACACCCUGCCCGCCCUGAGCAGCUAUGUCAUGCUCUCCAUCUUCUUCCUGCGCCGACCUCGCCUGCUGCAUACACCGUGGGUUUCAGCCUUCUGUCCCCGCCUGGGGGCCCACCGGGGAGGAUCUGGAGAGCGCCUGGAGAACACCAUGGAGGCCAUGGAAAACGCCGUGGCCCAGAGAGCCGACCUCCUGGAGCUCGACUGCCAGCUGACUCGGGAUGGCGUGGUGGUGGUGUCACACGACAAGGACCUGUCCCGCCAGUCAGGCGUGAAUAGGGAUGUGGGCAGCCUGGACUUUGAGGAGCUGCCCCUCUACAAGGAAGAGCUGGAGGUUUACUUCUCGCCGGGCCACUUUGCACACGGGUCAGACAGGCACAUGGUGCGUCUGGAGGACGUGUUCCGGAGGUUUCCGCGGAUGCCCAUAAGCGUGGAGGUCAAAGAGCAAAAUGAAGAGCUCAUUCGCAAGAUAGCGGGCCUGGUGAGGCACUAUGAACGCGAUGAAAUCACCAUCUGGGCCUCGGAGAAGAGCUCAGUCAUGAAGAAGUGCAAGGCCGCUAACCCUGAGAUGCCCACCGCCUUCACAAUAAGCCGAGGAUUCUGGGUGCUGCUGCUCUAUUACCUGGGGCUGCUGCCCUUCAUCUCGAUCCCUGAGAGGUUCCUCAUCUCUUUCCUGCCCACCAUCAUCAACAGGACCUACUUCCCAUUUUCCUGCUCUGGGCUGAAUCAGCUGGCGGCUGUGGUUUCCAAAUGCCUUUGCUACCCCGCCCCCCACCAGGCUCAUCAUGAGGAAAAGUCUGAUCCAACACCUGGAGCAGCGAGGGGUGCAGGUGGUAUUUUGGUGCCUUAAUGAAGAGUCAGAUUUUGAAGUGGCCUUCCGCCUGGGGGCCACCGGCGUCAUAACUGAUUACCCGACAGCCCUGAGGCGCUACCUGGACAACCAUGGACCACCUGCCCCGGCCUCCUAACCCAGAGGUGCUCACCCUCUCCUCUAUUUCUCUUCCCCAAUAAAUGUAUUCUUUUCA